GUGGUCUCAGCCGCCUCGUUCGUCCGUUGCGUUCGUCCUCCGGUUCGCGUUCGUUUCGCGGCGAACCGGCUCGCCUGGCACGGUUCUUUCUCGUCGCGAGGAAAGUGUGCUCUCGCCGAGGUGUGCGGCGAUCGACGGCUGUCCGCCCGGCCGUCGCACGGGCCGACGAUCUCUCUCCGCGCUCCGGGGAAUCGCCGAGCGCAGCCUGCUCGCGCGCAAACCUGACCUGCCUUCUUCCGUGGCCGCUCGACGUCGCCCUUUCCUCGCCGACCGUCUCCCUCUCUCUCUCUCUUUCUCUCUCUAUCUCUAUCCGUCUCUCUCUCUCUCUUUUCCUCUCGCUCCGAGAGUUACCCACGGACAAACAAGGGGCUCGUUCAGCGGCGAGGAACUGGUCCAGGCUCGACUGGCCCGCUAGAGCAGCCUGCUGCCGAAACACAGUGACAAUUCCGUUCGGGGUGGGCGGUGAAACGGUACGCCGUGAUUGUGUGCCUCGAGUGACUCAAGAUGACGGCCGAGAGCAUCGACGUCCGCGGAAAGAGGAAACGCUGGCUGUGAUUCCCCGGGUGUCUGGGACAGCACGCCGCGUCCUCGGACGUUGACACGCGCCGCACCGCUCCUGCCAGUCCUUACCUAGGCCGGUCGUUCAACGUGGCCGAAACUGGACAUGGUGAAGGGGCAUGUUGAUGUGCCGGCGGUUGCUGCUGAUCGCAGCCGCGAUCACGGCCUCGAUCGAGGCUGGCUCCGCUAGUUACCACCCCGGAAUAUCGUCGGACUACUCCGGAUACCCUGGUUUCGCGGCCUAUCUGGGCCCCACGCCGUCUGAGCUCACAUCGAGCGCCACUACCACUCCAGCGGCAAGCUCGGAGAACGAUGCUGUCUGCAGACCGUCCGAGUACCUAUGCGACACCGGAAACUGCAUCGCCCAGGACAAAUACUGCGACGGUGAAAAUGACUGCGGCGACAAGUCCGACGAGCCCAAAUACUGCACCCCGUGCAACAGAACGCUGUACGGCGACGUGGGCAGGACCUACAGGGUGGAGGUCCGCCGGCCGAGGGAGGAUCGACUGCCAUUCCUGUGUCAUCUCAACUUCACUGCCGCCGGGUCUGACCUCGGAGACCUAGUUCAGUUAACGUUUGACACUUUCACCGUGGGUUGUUUCUCGUCGUUCACGUCGGAGGGAUGCCCGGACGGGUACAUGACCAUACGCGAGGAGGGUCGUCCAGCCACCGGGGGCCAAUGGUGCGGGAGUGCGUGGGGCUACACCGUGUAUUAUAGCGAGACGCCUUCCAUCAACCUGACUCUGUACAUAUUGCGACUGUCCGAGCAGGGGAGUGGCUACAAUUUCGAUUUCAAGUUGUCGUACAAGUUCCUGAGACGCAGCGAGGCUCAUCUCAGAUACGGGAACAGCAGCAUGUCCACGUGGAGGGGGGAGCUGGUGAACGGCACGUACUGCGACCGUGUCCUCACCAAGUGCGACACGCGAGCCUGCCGGCUCCAAUCGCCGAAUUACCCGGGCGUUUAUCCCAGAAACGUCACCUGCUAUUACCGCGUCGAGCAGAACCGCGCUCCUCCCGGCCACCGGGCGUUGCUGGCCGUGAGUCAACGGAACAGCCAUAAAAUACACAUUAAGGACCAGGAUGUGAAAUACGACAGAAGCCAGAGGAUAUUAAGAGUCUGGGACGAGUGCAACGUGGUGCAGGACUACCUGACCGUGUACGACGGCGGCUCCACGUCGGACAAGGUGUUGGUCAGACUGUGCGGAGGGGACGCGGUGCCGGACAUCGUCAGCAGCCACAACACGAUGCUACUCGAGUUCCACACGUCUCCGUACGACAAUCCGUUUCACCCUGUCCCUCUGUCCUUCUUGCCGGGCUUCGAGCUGGAGGUUCAGGUGCUGUUCGUGGACGAGAAGUCCAGGACGUUCGUGAAGGAGAACAACAACUGCGACUUUUAUAUAUCCAGCGAGGACAGCUCGUCGGGUGUCCUGGAGAAUCCCAAGCACUCGCUGCCGCCCAACACGACAUGCCGCUACCACUUCCAGGGUAAGCUGAACGAGAUAGUCUGGCUGUCGUUCGUCAAGUACUACGCGGCCAGCGCGGAGGCCUCGACGAACAUCGACGUCGCGUCCGACUGCAACGCGACGCUCCUCAUAUGGGACGGCGACUACACGUCGGACAAAGUGACCUCCGUUCGCAAGAACAUCACGCUUCUGGGGCAGUUCUGCAAGGACGACACGCCCAAGCUCUGCGACCACAGCCUGCUGCGGAACGGCAGCCGCCACGCGAGGCCCUGCAGCCUCGCCGAGAGCUACGUGUCGUCGGGCAGGGACCUCACGCUCGAGCACAUCCUGCGGCAAGGGAGUGCGCUCUACCCGAUCAGUUUCGUGCUGCGGUACGAGUUCGUGCACGAGGCGGUCUCCUGCAACCACGUGUUCGGCUCCGCGUCGGCUUCAUCCACGUCUUCCACGCCCCCCCUGUCCUCGUCCUCCGCUAAGAUCGGCAGAUUCGUGUCGCCGAAAAGUGUGUUCUUCUACGGACGCGGUGGUGCGCAGAACGUUAGCUGUGUGUAUCGUUUCGAGGCGGAGCCGGACCACAGGAUAGAACUGUCGAUAACCAGGGCCUCGUUCGGCAACAAAGGAUGUUCCUCGUACGUAGAUCCUUUGGUCAACCGGUGGACCUGCGACCGGCGCUUGGCCGAGGCGACCAAGUUCGGCAGCGCGCAGCUCGUUGUCGCGGAGUACCCUUGGCAAGGCGUUGAACUGGUUCGCGACUGCCUGUGCUCGAACGUUACCGACAGAAUCGUCUUCAGAACCCUGACGUCGAACGCGGUGGAGGUCCGGUUCACGGUCACCCUGAUGAACGUCACCCAAGACUACAAGGACUUCUUCUUCGAAGGAGAGUAUCGUUUCGUCUCUCUGGGAGCUGACACGAGCGAGCAGGGCUGCUCGACGAAGCUCGAGAAACGACGAUUACGUGGGACCAGUGGUGAGAUCUCUCUGAGAAGUCCUCUGCCCCGGGUGAUUCCCGGCGUGGCCGCCGUGGAGGAGAUUCUGACCAACACGGAGGACCUCACCGCGACGCAGUGCGUCAACGAGCCCUGGCUGAUCGAGCCGGAGGACGCUCGCAUCAAUUUCCUCUAUUUAAGGACUGCCGGAUACAGUAUUACUCUAGAUAACGUCGAAGACUGCACCACGCUGAACCGUAUUAUCGUUUACUCGGCCUCCAACACGAAGGAGCGCAGCGUGAUCUGCCCCGAGGGCGGCGUCGACACUGCCAGAACCGUUGACUUCUUCUCCGGCGGCUGGAACUAUAGCGCGAUAAACGCCAGCGUCGCCAUGGCGCAGCAUUCCAGGAGCUUCGUCGUCGAAUUCCUUGAGAGGGAGCCUGGUUUCUAUGCUGUCACGUGGAUGGCUAUCUCUAAACGGUCUCAUAAUACAGGCGUUAGCUCCAACGUCUUCACCAUACUGCCCCAAGAAGAGUGUCCAUAUAGGUGUCCGGAGAUCCAGGCGUGCAUAAGCUCGGUGUUGUGGUGCGACGGGAUCCGCCACUGCCCGUCAGGCUUCGACGAGGAGGAGGCCAACUGUUCGUACCGCUUCGGCAUAACGUUGCUGUACGUGGCCGUGGGUGCCGGUGCCCUGGGGAUCUUCCUGAUCCUCCUGCUCGCGACCGGCUGCCUGAAGUACUGCCUCUACCGUCACAAAGCCCGCAAGAAAAAGAAGAACGUCGCCCUGAACGUGAACCACCUCCACGUGAACCACACUCACCACAACAACGGCCUGACGGGUAGUCGCCUGAGCGGACGUUACAACGUGGCCACGCCUCAGGAGAUGUACCUAGAGAACUACGGGAAGGACAGUAUUUGUUGACAAUACGCCAUCGCCGAUAUCGAGACCUCCGUGUGAAUAAAUUGCAGAUUUUUAGAAUUACGCCUACCUCGCUGGCCUCUGAACCCACCGAAGACGAACCGACGACGAAGAGAACCGCCGCGUGUCGCGCGCACGCGCGGAACCGAGCUGCGCAAUAAUCGUAUUGAAACCCAUAGACCAAUUUCUGAAAGGCAUUCAACGAACGGGUCGAUUCUCUCGGCUCGCGAGGACUCGUUUUCCGUUCGAACGGUAUAUCGGUCUGGUCAUCGAGUGGCGUCUGUUCGUACCGACCGGACAGAUUUUUAAAUUCGACGAGCACGGACUCCCCGGGUAUCAGUGUUUCGGACGGGCUUCCGCCAGUUUCGGGGCGCGCCGAGAGAUUCCACCGAGUGGAGGAGCCGAAUCCGAUUGACGCAAGGCUGUUGGAACACUCGUGCGAACGGUUUCCGCGACGAAAGGCCCCCGGUAUCGCAGUAGCUUUAGAGACACAGGUGUUAGAUUAACAGGUGGUGAAUCGGAGAGAUUCGAACUGUCGGGGGAGCAACGGAGAUGGAGAACACGUAAGAAACCAUGAAGCAAGUGCAAGUAUAUGCUUUUAAAAACGAAGUAGAAAUCAUAAUUUGCAUCGAGACGGAGAGAGAGACAGAGAGAAUUUUUAUCAUGGGUCGGUUGCCGGAGAAUAGUGCCACAAACGUCCACGACGGAAGACGCAGAGAACAGAUUUGAAGAAGAUGGCGUGCAACGUCGCUUCUCGCGGGAACAGGUCACGUGGUCAGCCGCAUCGCGUUCGAACGUUUAGGAAAGGAACGGAACCGUCGCGAUUCACACUGGAAACGGGAGAACGGACAGAAGAAGACAGAAGGAACGACCGAAUGAUUCGAACCGAUGUUCGUCACCAUUGAAGUUCUUAAUUGUAUAAUUUCAUCAUUUUCGUAAGCGAACGACACGGCGAGAGUCGUGCACAACGUAUCCUAAGGAUUACGACCAAAAGACAUCGGCCAAAGCGUUACCGCGAACCCUCCCGAUCCAUUGUAUCACCGAACCGAGAUCGGUGUGAUCUGCGUCGAUCCGUCGAUAAUUCCAUCGUUUUUUGUAAGACACGCAGCCAACCACCGUUAACGCGGGAGCCUAGUGACGCCCUAUCGCGUCGCCAUUGCGCGCAGCAACGACGACGAUACGUAGAGUAAAUUACGAAGUGAAAUUCGAGUCGCGAUCCUGAUCUCGCGACGAUUCCCGCGUAUUGGAAGGAUAUUUUCAAUACACCUCGAGGUCAUUCGAAUCAUUCUGUAUUCGACGCUAAUGAAUUCAUUGAAGAAUUCCGUGAAACGAGGUGUCGGCUCCGGGAAUCCCUACGCUCCCGCAUUAACCACGAACUUAACCUAUACAGAUUUCAUAAAUGCAUAACGUUAUCGAAGAUGAUAUAACAUAUAGUUAAAGAUCACACAUAUAACCUAGGUUUGAUAUCGACGCGCGAGGCUUGUGACUGGGAUGUAGAGAUCGAUGUAUAGUUGGUUAUCGUUUAAACGAGCGCGAAUACGAAAGGCGUGAAAGGGGCGAACGGAAGACACGAGACGAUACGCCAUUAACAUUGUAACCCACCCCCAUCCCCCAUUUUCCCACUCCCGACACCGUUACGAAAGUGUUAACUACUAAAGGCCAUCGUUUUCACGCGCGCGGAACAACACAAGAGAGAGAGAGAGAGAGACACGUGUACGAGGAAGAGGAUCACGUCAUACAUAACAUAUUACAUACAUGAAUACAUACACACACGUAUGGUAACAAGCGCGUAUAACUUACGUCUGUAUGCUGUGAUAGAAGUAAGCGUAUCAACAAUCGGAAAUAAAUUUCUCGCGUGAAAUUGCUUUCGAUCGUACUCCCUGUUGUUCCAGCCCUCUAGCGGUCCCCGAUUCAAUUCCAUCGGAAACGUUCGUUGACACGUUGAAUGCCACGGGGUCACCGGUGACCCGCAAAUCGAAUUACUGUAGUUCACUUGAACGAUUAUUCGAGAACGUUUCUAUACUAUAGAUAAUACCUAAUGUGACAUUCUGGAUGAACGAGCAAUAAUAAUACAAUUCAAUCGAAUGAUUUAAUAUAUUUUUUCCAUUUUGUGUACGCUCUGUCGUGUGGCAUCCAACGUGUCAAUGAUCUUGUUUAGCAUUAAGUGUAUCGCAAUUUCCGUUACCGAAACUGUCCAGCGAAACGAACAUGGAAUUUAUAAUUUAGUUCGAACCUCUCUGUACUUAUAUGUGGCUCGAAAUUUCAGGUAGAAGGUCGCUGACCUCUUAAGGUCACGCCACGUUCCCAUUUUUAUUUCUAGUCCAGAUCCAGUGAAAUGAAACGGUUUCUUUGCAAACGGACCACAUUUUAUUUUCCCCUCUGCUGACCUUCCGGGCUAACGAGUGCAUUCAGUGACACGGACCUUCGGUCUUAUUCGGAUCGUCUUGGUA